GUCUCUUACUCCACCCUUUUGUCCACCACCCUAACAACUCCACACUCGUGCCCAACUCCUGGAUCACAUUACCCAAGACACCACGCCCCCCCCCGCCCCAAACACCACCCAAAACCCCCACCCUGACAACCACCACCACCAACACCACCCCAGACACCAACACCACGUCUCCCACCCGGACCACUACCACCACCCGGACCAGCACCCAGACCCCCACCCCCACCCGGACCCCCACCCCCACCCAGACCAGCACCAUGCCGGGCGAGGACUCCCAGCCCCCCCAGGCCAGGCAGAGGAAGAGGAAGGGACGGAGCUCCAAGGCCAAGGGCCGGCCCCCCCCGCUGGGGGCCCCGGACGGGGAGGGGCCCCUGCUGGCCCCCCCGGUGCUCGCGGCCCCCAGCCGGGGGCCCCAAGCGGGGCUGCAGGUGCGCAUGGAGGAGGAGUCUUCGCGGGCCGUGUGUCUGCAGGUCCUGCUGCCCUUCCUGCUGGCCGGGAUGGGCAUGGUGUUGGCCGGGAUGGUGCUGGACAGCGUCCAGCACUGGGAGGUGUUCCAGGUGAUCAGUGAGAUCUUCAUCCUGGUUCCUGCUCUGGUCGGCCUGAAGGGGAACCUGGAGAUGACCCUGGCAGCCCGGCUGUCCACCGCUGCCAACACUGGGCAGAUGGACGACCCCGACAAACAGUGGACCAUGCUGUGCAGCAACCUGGCUCUUAUCCAGGUGCAGGCUACGGUGGUGGGCUUCCUGGCAGCGGUAGCGGCCGUGUGUCUAGGGGCGGUCUCUCGAGGGGGAGUGGAGCUAGACCAGGCCGCCGUCCUGUGUGCCAGCAGCAUCGUCACCGCCUUCGUAGCGGCGCUCUCUCUGGGUCUGGUGAUGAUAGGGGUGAUCGUGGGGUCCAGGAAGGUGGGCAUCAACCCUGACAACGUGGCCACGCCCAUCGCAGCCAGCCUCGGUGACCUCAUCACUCUCUCUCUGCUGGCAGGGGUCAGCACCACGCUCUACCAAUACAGAGACAUGUGGUACGUGUCCCCCCUGGUGUGCGUGUUCUUCCUGUGUCUGAUCCCCCUCUGGGUGGUGGUGGCGCGCAGGAGCCCCCCCAUCAGAGAGGUGCUGCGGUCCGGCUGGCAGCCCGUCAUAGUGGCCAUGUCUAUCAGCAGCAUCGGCGGGCUCAUCCUGGACAGAACCGUGAGCGACCCCAACUUCAAAGGCAUGGCCGUGUUCACGCCCGUCAUCAACGGUGUGGGGGGCAACCUGGUGGCCAUCCAGGCCAGCCGGAUCUCCACCUACCUUCACUUCUGGAGCAUCCCGGGGGUCCUGCCCUACAAGAUGAGGCAGCACUGGCCCAACCCCUGCAUCUCCUUCUUCUCCUCAGGGGUCAACUCGCGGUCGGCGCGGGUGCUGUUGAUGCUGGUGGUCCCGGGUCACAUGGUCUUCCUGUACUCCAUCUCUCUGCUCCAGGGGGCCGACGCCCCGCCCAUCGGGGUCACCUUCACCCUCUGCUACCUGGCGGCCGCACUGCUGCAGGUGACCAUCUUGCUGUACGUGGCCGACCUGAUCGUGCGUGUGAUGUGGAGGCGGAGCUUGGACCCGGACAACUUCUCCAUCCCCUACCUGACGGCCCUGGGGGACCUGCUGGGCACCGGCUUCCUGGCCCUCUGCUUCCGCUGCACCUCAUUGGUCCACGGCGUGGGCCAGUGAGCACAAGACCUGCCCCCUCUCCUUCUACGGCCUUCCACCACACUCAGAGGAGGGAGAAGCCCCGUGAUUGGUCUGAUAUUAGAAGACUAAUCCCGUGAUUGGACAUAAAUAGACUCCACCUUGUUGCCAAGCAGACUCUGUGACAAAACGCUGACUCAUGCCCUGGUUAACCAAUCCAAACAUUUACAGUAGUAGCCAGACAGUACGGUCAAACCUGUCUGUGUUUCUGAUUGGCUCGGAUAGCAACCAGGUGACGAUGGCAGUUGCCAUGGUUAGUAACGGCAAGUCGUUAAAUACUUCCUCUUUCAGUAUGAAGGGAUUCAAAUAUAGGAUUUAGUCUCUCUCACACACACACACAGACACACACUCACACACACACAGACACACACACAAACACACACACACACACACACGCACGCACGCAAUCAUCUGGAUUUCCUGGGGGUCAUAGCGUGCUACGCUAGAAUGCUAGGUCAGCAUGCUAGGUUAGCAUGCUACGCUAGCGCGGUAGCAGCUAGCCUGGUAAUAACGAGAGUAGUAAUGCGUGGCAGCAGCACUUGGGCCACACUGUGAAUCACUUGAGCAGGAGCACGACUUCAUAUCUCAGAGAGAGGUCGUGUGGGGAAAUGAAAAAAAUUAAAAUACCUACUGGAAUUCAUGAUUUGGCCCACUUUCUUGUUCUCUGUCCAUAUUCAGAGUAAUAUCCAUUGCCAUGAACGUGGACGCCUUUGUAGCCGGGAUAAGAAACAAUUGAUUGAAAUUUUCAUUUGACAUUAGAUAAGAAAACUGACCUAGUUUGGUGUUUUAAGGUUGAAGUUCCUCCCGAUCAUGUAGUCAGAGGAAUGUGUUUCCCCGAAUGUUGCCCCACACACGCCCAUGGGGACAAGUCAUUAAGCAAGCUAUGCAAAGUUGUGCAGAGCCAAAGACCUAAAGAUCCGUCUCUGAUGACAACAGAGUCCCUAUUUUAUAACCUAAUAUCUUAACUAUCUAAAAUUUCCGUCUCAUCUCUACAAUACCGUCUGAUAUAGUACGUCAAUACCGGGUUGUUUAGAAUUGAGGAAGUACUUUCUUCCAAAUGUGUUAAACCCUAGAGACUCUCACAGCCCUGUUGUUGUCUGUUGCGGAAGCAGAACGCGUUGUUGAUUGUCAUCAUAACUGAGUCACUCAGUGACAUGUCUUACCUCAUCAUGUUGUCUUGCAGUUUGCAACGUCUCCUCAGCUCAUCUCUAUGCACAACAUUUCAAAAAUAUUAGCCUUAUAUAAGCGUAACAAUAUUCGUCCAUCAAGUGUACCGUCAUAUUGUCAAACUAGUACUGCAGUAUCAAAAGCAUCAGCAGUACCUCAAAGUAGCACAGUAAAAAGCUGUCUUAAGUUGAACCCCGUCCUCUCUGAUCGCAGCAAAUCAUCCAUCAAAACAAACAUGCCAAAGUUAAAGGUAGUCGUCGCCGUGAUGUAUUCUGUCAUGAUGUGCUUCGUCUGGACGUUAAGACGCCUCUCACAGGCCCACAGCAGUCCCAGGGCCUUCUGCAGCUACACAUGUCCCACCAUGGGAACAUGAGUGUCCUGGACAGUAGAAACUAGCGUGUGAAAUCACCGUACCAAUGUGGAGUUGCACGAACGUACACGUAAUGUUACUCAUCUGAAGGUCGUGGGUAAAUACCUCUAGAGAUGGCUGGCCUCCUGAUCUUAACUUAAAGAAACAGCAGCACUUUGUGUCUGUGUGCAGAACCUUAGAAGCUUUGUUCAAAACGGUGUCUUCACGCACGCUGGGUGGGAAACCCCCUACACACUCACUGCCACUCGGUCCUACGUGCACUUUAGAAACAGAUGUGCACGUUGGUUACCCGUGCACGUUGGUUACCCGUGCACUUUAGUGACAGACGUGCACGUUAUGACUGGUGCACUUUAGUGAUAGACGUGCGUGUUGGUUACAUGUGCACUUUAGUGACGGACAUGCACGUUGGUUACACAUGCACUUUAGUGACCGACGUGCACGUUGGUUGAACGUGCAGCGAUGAAAUGCCUUUUCUUCAAAACAGCGUAGUUGCCUGAGCUUCCGAGUCCGUGUGUCUUCGUUUGUUUGUGUGCACACAAGUUGUGGCGAUGGUAAAAAUGUGUGAUUGUGUUGUUGUGUUGUGUGUCUGUGGACGGUUCUAUUUUCAUAUGACCUAAAAGAACAAUAAAAUAUAAUUACUUCUUCUUGUUUUCUUUUAUAGAUAUGCUAUUGUUCGGUUGUAUUGGGAUCGGUCAACAUUUCCCCUGGUUACCGUUUAACUGUUCCAACCAAUAAAAUACUAAAUUCUUAAGCUUUGGCGCAAUGCAGCU